UGACAAUUGCAGAUAUCUGUAAUUCAGUUUUGACUAGGCAGAAUUAAAGUUAAAGAUAUCUCAAACGUCAUUUGAGUGCGAAUUAUUGGGCAUGACGUUUUAGAUAUCCAGAAAUACGUAAUUUCCAAUUGCCGCCAUAAUCAAAGAAGAAGUGGGAAUAAGAAAGGAGCAGUCAUGGCGUUGGCUGUAAUCGAAAAAAUCACCAGAAAAUGCCAUGAAAUUGAACGAGCCCUCACACAGGGGAUUUGUGGAGAGAGAGAACGUCGUUCGAUUGAAAGCUGUGAAAGAAAUCUCGGAAGAAUUGAAGAUUUGCUAUCACCAGAGACCAACAACGAACUCAAAAGCAGUUUGGCUGAACUGAAAAAUCUAGUAGGCACACAUUUCCAGGCUGGGGAAGACCGAAGUUUCUCUGUCGGGCGCAUUCGUUCAGGGAGAACAGGCCGACCAGCUAUUGAUGUUACCAGAGAACAGAUAGAAUUUCUGCUGGCGCAAGGCAAUACAAUUGCAAAAACUGCUGAAAUACUUGGGUGUUCCUCAUCAUUUCUGUACAAGAAGUCAAAGUUGAUGGGUAUACCUGUCAGAAGUAUGCGGCCUGCAAUAGAUGAUGGUGGACUAGAACAACAUGUGAGGCAACUUCAGGGCCAAUAUCCUAAUUCUGGAAAUGAGAUUAUUCGAGCCCUGUUGCGCACACGGGGUGUCUUUGUUACACAGUCCAGAGUGCGUGAGAUGUUGACACGGGUGAAUCCAACUGCUGCUGCAAGGAGAUGGAGCCGGACAGUUGCAAGACGUGUUUAUCAUGUACCUUACCCCAACAGUUUGUGGCACAUUGAUGGGAACAUGCGUCUGAUAAGAUGGGGCUUUGUCACUCAUGGUGCAAUUGAUGGAUACUCCCGUCUGAUUACUUACCUCAGCUGCAGCACAGACAAUCGUUCCACAACAGUGCUUUCUCAGUUUUUGAAAGCAACCUGCCUCUACGCCCUACCAUCAAGAGUUAGAUCUGACCAUGGUGGUGAAAACAUCCUUGUGGCUUUAUUCAUGCAUCUAGUUCAAGGACUUGAACACAGAGGUUUCAUAACCGGACGAUCAGUUCACAAUCAGAGAAUUGAACGCCUUUGGCGUGAUGUAUUUUUGCAUGUGUUGCAGCACUUUUACCAUAUGUUCUACUCCUUAGAGGAUUCAGAGGUUCUAAACCCAGAUAAUGAUGUCCACAGACUAUCACUGCAUAUUGUUUAUCUUCCGGAGAUCCAGAAAAGACUGGAGCAGUUUAGACAGGCCUGGAACCUCCAUCCGUUGAGAACAGAAAAUAAUCGCACACCAACUCAACUCUGGACAGAGGGCAUGCUCAGAAAUAUUGCCACAGACAGCACAGCUGUCAACAAUGUGUUUGGGGAAAAUCCCUACAGCGACCAAAACAUUGAGGCCAUCCUAGCGCAGUACGGAAUUCAAACACUGCCUACACUUGACGAGGAAGAGUUCCCAGCUGUAAGGGUAGAGCCACCUCAACUCAUCCUCACUCGGCAACAACAGACAUCUGUGCACAAUGCAAUCCAACACUUUUCUGAUCUGAAGAUUAAAUAUCAGGCUUGCUGUACUGCAAUUGUCAGUAUUUUGCAAACUGAUCAGGUAUAGUCCAAUUCCAAGCCCAGAGACAUUUUAUUAGUUGCAUACAUUAUCCAGGAUGUAGCUAAUGCCGGGUGUGCCAGUCAAGACAUUGGAAGUAGCAACAAGUGUUGUCAUAUGUCAUAUUGUAGGCCUAUUGUUGGUUGACAAGCGCCGACACGCCCUGCCUGACUCUGUUUAGGCUACUCUGUGUAGGGGGAUGGGCUGUAUAGUUGCGUUACUGCUCCCAUUGUGCUUGGUCAACAUUGUACAAUAAAUAAAUAUACAUUUGAUGUCUAACUAAUUUGCAUGUCCUGCCCACAGGUGCCCAAGAGGCUGGCAUCAUGCAUGGUCAUACGUCUUCAAAACAAACGGAACAAAUGUGUAUUAUUGCAAACGCUUGAUCUAAAGUGAUAAAGUCUUGUUAGUCCGAGUAUUGAUCAAAAGUCCAUGUUUGUGUGAGAAUGUUUCCAUUCUGCCUAGAAGCCAUUUAUUCUUAUGUCUAUUAGGCCUUC